UCUCUUUUGUCUGUCGAUCUCGAUUCGGAGGUACAUCGCCUUAUUACUCCUCUAGCUCUCGUGAAUGGAGAGAUAAGCACAGCCUGUCAAAUUCGCAAAUAUGCCUAGCUCGUGCAAAGAUAUCCGACAAGCCCUGGCACAAUGUCUCCAGGAAUCUGAGUGCAUCAUGGUACAACGGCACACCCCGCGGGAAUGCCUCAGUGACCCGUAUUUCAGUGAACUACCCACGAAAUGCCAACAACUCCAAAAGGGUCUUAGCGAGUGCAAGCGCGGUAUGGUCGAUAUGCGCAAGCGCUUCCGUGGAAACCAGCCCAUUGGCGUCUCGAAGGAAGUCGAAGGCGAGAAGAGCAACCAAGGAUACCAGCUGUACGCGGGUAAACCGGCCUUCCAGUCCGUCAAGAAGAUCAACGGGGAUGAGGUGCAAAUGGACCCGGAGAAGACGAGAGGUCUAUAGAAGGCAUCGUGCCUGCUUCCGGGCCAUUGACAUGGCACAUGUGGCUCUGUCUGGGACGACUUUUUUAUGAGGCGGAUACGCUCAGAAAUCAAGGAGGAAGGACAUGAAAACAACCGCUACUUGUACCAUUUGUUGGUAUUAUCAUUUGCAUGGAUAAGGAGUUCAAUACCUGGCUUGGGGUUAAAUAAGGCGUGGGUGGGAAAGUACUGUACAAUGUAACUAUGCCUGGACAGAUUCGUCUAUCGUCUGUAUUAUAUACCAUCAAAUACACUCCUCUUUUGGGUCCACCGGUC